GGUAGGAAGGAGGAGAGGGAAUAAACUGAGAACGCAGCUGGACUACAUGUCUAGUCUGAGGGAGCCAGAUUAGUGGUGACUCAGAGCUUUUGGAAUACUUACCAGCAUGGAAUAUGGCUUUGCACCACUGUUAGACUGCAUAGUGCACGAUCAUGUGAGUUUGUGUCUGCCACGGAAGGACUGAAAGGGAGAAGGAGUUCAACCUCAUCAAAAAAGAGUCACUCAGUGCCCCCCUCCUCAAAGACUUGGAGCAGAGGAGUACAGAGGAGGGGGGCAAGGUGGAGAGGGGGUGAGGGGGCAAGGGGGAGAGGUAGAUCUGCACGUCUGGACCCAGAACACCUAAAGGACAAAAUGAAACGUGCCACAGCUCAACCCAAGGUUUGACAAACGCUAACAAUGAUGUGAUGGUGAUGGUGGACACAAGCUCUCCUGGGUUUUCAGGCCACUGAGCCAGUCGGCCAGGUGAUGGGGAGACGGGCAGCUGACCUGACCACUCCUGUGCCAGUACUGGGAGUUUCCGCCCUGGUGGGGGUGCGUGGUUGGAGGACAGCAGGGGGGGAGAGGGCUGGUGGAGAGCUGCCACUGACAUGGGGUCCCCAGUGCAGCAUCGGAGUGCAGACUUCACCCGGCGUGAGAGCACCCAUUCUACACGGGACAAAACUAACAGGGACAUUCCCCAGCCAAUCAGAAAGCAGGAUUACUCCUACAUGCAAUGGCUACAUCCCAAAGGAGGCAAAGGAAGAGGAGGGGAUCAGACGGACUAAGAGUGUCAGACAAAGAGGUGUUAUUCCAAAACAGAGGAGUUUAGAUACCAAGACCAAAAAGGGUGUGACUUUUGAAGAGAUUUCCAGUGAGCUCACAGAGAAUGUGGUCUUCAACCAAUGGAAAAGUGGAACUUAUUGCUAUGCCCAAGCAAUCAAGACUAACACACUCCUAUCAGGGGGCGUGGGGAAUGGCAAGAUCAAAGGGAGGCGGGACUUGCGCUACACAAAUGGCAGCGUAGUUGACUCGGAGGCUAUAGGAGGGAUUUGUAUGGAUGGCAUUGAUGAGGCGGAGCCUGUCUCGACCAUGUCCUCUCGAGGAGGGGACAAAUCAAAACCUAAAGAACAUUCUGUGGCACAUUCAUAUUGUGGGAAUGCAAAACGACCACCUGCUCCCCCACCUCUCUGGAUGCCCCAGCGGAUGUGCAUACACUGUGGAGGGAGACAGACUGUGGUCCCUGGAGCUGGAGAUGGAGCUGCCAGUCUGGAAAUUAAGAGCCCUUCCUCUGCAUGCCCUGAAGGAACAACAGCAAUGAAAACACCUAUUUCACUCACAGACAGAAACCAUCUUCCUCCUUCACAUACUGAGAAAGAGAGGAACUCUACAUGCUCCACUCCGAGGUUUGCAGACAGGGUUCUGAUACAAAGACAGCUGACACAAACAGAAUCUCUAUCCACCCACCCCCACUGUAAUCCCCCUGUUCAUAACAACAAAGACAGGAAGCCAAACCUGCCUGCAAACCCACCGCCUGCAUGGAAAAAUAGAGAUCUGAAACAGACUAAUGGUUAUACCUCACAUCCGAUAUACCCCCUGCAUACCACUAGCAGAGACCCAGUAGAAACCCUAGUUACACCUUCACAUACACACUCAGACAAGCCAACCCGCCAAAGAACCAUCAUACACACAACAGCUAUUACAGUCACUAAGGCAACUAUUGAACCCAGGUGUGCAGAUGCCAACUCCCUUGAGACCCCAUCUCACUGGAGUAAGAUUCCCCGACCGAAGCCUGAAAACACAACAACACAGUCUAACACUGCUACGACAUUACAUAGAAGUGCACCCCCUUACCACGCUAACACACACGCAACUAAACAUCCUAACUCUGCAAACUCACACACAGCUACACCUCCUACCCCUGAAAGCACACUGACGACAACAACAACACUCCCAAACAGUGCUACUAAAACGAUACAUAGAACAACACUCCCUAGCCUCGCUAACACAUUACACACAGCUACAACUCUAAAACCAGCAAACACACCAUACAAAGCCACUCUCUCUUACCCUUAUAACCCAUCACACACAACUACUCCCACAAGCUAUUAUAACCCAUCACACACAACUACUCCCACAAGCUAUUAUAACCCAUCACACACAACUACUCCCACAAGCUAUUAUAACCCAUCACACACAACUACUCCCACAAGCUAUUACAACCCAUCACACACAACUACUCCCACAAGCUAUUUUAACCCAUCACACACAACUACUCCCACAAGCUAUUUUAACCCAUCACACACAAAUACACCCCCAAAGCCUUUGUCCCAUAUCCUUAACUUGUCAAACACAUCACACACACCUAGUUCCCCUGACUCUGCUAAUGCAUCCCCCAUAACACCCCCUAACGUUGAUAACACAUCACGUACAACUACAUCCUCUCUCUCUUCAAAUGCCUUAUACACAGCUACGCAGCAUCAGCCCUCAUCCACGUCACUGACGAACUGUAGACCACUGAUCAUGACACAGACACACAACAAUAAACCACCUGACCCAUCAAACAGAUCACCCACUAACACGCAGAAUAACAGCACAUUUAUAAAUACACAUAUUGAACAAACCGCUGCCCAUCACACCAGCACUCAUAACAGAUUUGUUGUGCAACCAAUAAUGCAUGCAAACGUAUAUGCCAAAGUAUUGUCUAUGUCAAACAAAAAUACACACUGUACUCCUGUCAUCGUGUCACAGACACAUGAGGAAAGACACUUUAGAAUAUUCAAUGCAUCACAGGUCACUAACCUUCCAAAACACAUCACUGAACUAAAGAUAAACAAAGAAUGGGAAAAGCAGGGACACAUUGUUACGCAACAUCAGCAAGACCUUUUCACAAACCUAAAACCUGGAUCUGAGCGUCAAAUACAUUCACACAAAGAGCACAUUCCCUCCAGCGUGUUACAUACACAUGCAAAUACCACAUUUAGAUUCAGCCUUGACAAGCAGAUAUACACAAAUGAUGCUCCACCUUCCAGCACUCCACAGACACAAACAGACCUUAAGCCCCUCAUUGCAUCACAGACAAACACUACUGCACAUGUCAAACCCAUCCCCGAAACACCAAACCACAUAAACACAGACUUCCAUUCCACACCAACCCCACACAAACACACAAGCCCCACACACCGACUCAUACCACAGGCCCGUCCAUACACCAUCACUGAGCUCCUCACACACACAGCCAUAAACCCCAAGUGCAACCCCCUUUUGCCGCCAUCACGCGUGGAACACCUAGCAUCCUGCACCCUCACGCAUCCCAAUCAGACACACCAGAUGAUCCAUCCAGUAUUUUUGUCGUCAAGUACCAUCCCACAGCCCUCCCUAGACGACCCCAGGCUGGCUCACUCCCACCCGGCUGAUGCAGACCUGCUGCUGCCCCCCUCCCCACAGUGCAGCAGGCCAGCCCCUCUCCAGAGCAGGCUGCAGUGUGUGGAAGCCAGCUUGGCAGCCAACCAGGACAGGAUUACUACCCUUCUCAACAUCAUCCAAGACCUGGAGAUGAGCCACGCUCUCAGCAAGGGUCGGCGAUGCUACAGGACAGGCCAGGACCUCCGGGAGUGCUCCACCUGUCAGAAGACUGCUUGUAUCGUCUACAGUGUGGAGUAUGACUUCAGGCAGCAAGAGAGAUGUUUCUUGGAGGUUUUGUAUCCUCAGAGGGCUGACAACCACACUCCCCACUCCCUGCCCCACAACCCCACCCUGCUGACGAAUGCCAUCACUAAGACCAUGACCAAGUCCAAGGUUAAAAGCAAGAAGUUGUGCAAGAUGCUUUUCCGAUGGCUGCCUAGGAAAAUUCAGCGGACAAAGUCCUCCUUUCACCAACUCUCUCCAGAUCAUUUGAACUCCUAGCAUGUUAUUCAGGAGGUAUUCCCUGUAAUAUAAGAUCUGAUGGUGUGUUCAAGACAACUGGGAACUCUGACAAAUAUGAGGUCAAAUCAAGACGUCAGUGAUCUUCAGGUCGGAAA